CGCUCGAACAAUAUGCAGUGUCAACUUGUUUAAUGUGUGUCUAUGGUGGCAAUAAAUCAACAAAUAAUAUUUUUUUUAUUAAAAAACCAAUACGUUAUACUUAUAUAUGUGUUCAAGCUUAUUGUUAAACUAUCCACUCCAUCUUUCUAUGCUGCAUGACGAAUGUUAAGAGUUCACUGUCUCACUGUGUUUGUCUAGCUUGGUUUCUUUGUUUUUGUUUCAAUUAUGAAGGACUCAACAAUGGAGAAGGAAGUGGAGCUUUGUUCAAGUGAAGUGGAAAUGGCUUCCCAAAGCAUUCCACAGCCACAAAGGAAAAAGGGUGGUCUUGUGACCAUGCCUUUCAUCAUAGCAAAUGAAGCACUUGCAAGAGUGGCAACAAUUGGUCUUCUUCCUAACAUGAUAAUGUAUUUGACUGGGAGUUACAAGUUUCAUUUAGCCAAAGGAACCCAAGUGCUCUUGUUAUCCUCUGCAAGUAGCAAUCUCACACCAGUCGUUGGUGCCUUUAUUGCUGAUUCUUACCUGGGGCGAUUUCUAGCUGUUGGGUUAGGUUCCAUAAUCACUUUCUUGGGAAUGACACUCAUGUGGUUAACAGCAAUGAUCCCGCAGGCUCGGCCUCGUCCUUGCAACCCUGCAACUGAAAGAUGUAAAUCAGCAACAGCUGGGCAAACAACAAUGUUAUUCACUUCCUUUGCUCUCAUGUCUAUUGGAAAUGGUGGUCUUUCAUGCUCCCUAGCAUUUGGUGCAGACCAGGUGAAUAGAAAAGAUAACCCCAACAACCAAAGGGCCUUGGAAAUAUUCUUCAGCUGGUACUAUGCUUCCACAGCUCUUGCUGUCAUAAUUGCUCUCACAAUAAUAGUAUAUAUCCAAGAUCAUCUUGGAUGGAAACUGGGUUUUGGUGUUCCAGCAGCACUUAUGUUCUUGUCCACUUUGUUCUUCUUUCUUGCUUCUCCACUUUAUGUAAAGAAUAAAAUACAAGGCAGCUUGUUCACUGGCUUUGCACAAGUAAUUGUUGCGACAUAUAAGAACAGAAAACUCACUUUACCCCCAAAGAACUCAGUUGGAAUGUACCAUUCUAAGAAGGCCUCUGAUCUUCUUGUUCCAACCGAUAAACUAAGGUUUCUGAAUAAAGCUUGCAUCAUUAAAGAUCCAGAAAAAGAUAUAGCUGCUGAUGGAUCAGCCUCAAAUCCGUGGAGUCUCUGCACAGUUGAUAAAGUAGAAGAACUAAAAGCUAUUAUUAAAGUUAUUCCACUGUGGUCCAGUGGGAUUAUGAUGUCACUCAACAUUGGAGGCUCAUUUGGAUUGCUUCAAGCUAAAUCCCUCAACAGACAUAUAACUUCACAUUUUGAAGUUCCAGCUGGUUCUUUUUCUGUAGUCCUGGUAUUGACAAUAUUUAUAUGGGUGGCUCUUUAUGAUCGUGUCGUUAUUCCUCUUGCAUCAAUGCUCAGAGGCAAACCAGUUAGGAUCAGUGCCAAGAGAAGAAUGGGAAUUGGGUUGUUUUUCUCUUUUCUCCACUUGGUAACUGCAGCAAUUGUUGAGACUAAAAGGCGAAGAAGAGCAAUUAGGGAAGGAUACAUUAACAAUUCUCACGCAGUGUUGAAUAUGUCUGCAAUGUGGCUUUUUCCUCAACUUUGCUUGAAUGGCAUGGCUGAAGCAUUCAAUGCAAUAGGCCAAAAUGAGUUCUAUUACACUGAGUUUCCUAAAACUAUGUCAAGUAUUGCUUCUUCCCUUUUUGGACUGGGAAUGGCUGCAGGAAACUUGGUGUCUAGUUUGGUAUUCAGCACUGUGGAAAAUGUUACUUCAAGAGGAGGCAAGGAGGGAUGGGUUUUGGAUAAUAUUAACAAGGGGCGUUAUGACAAGUACUACUGGGUUCUUGCUUCAAUGAGUGCUGUUAAUUUACUUUAUUAUCUAGUAUGCAGUUGGGCUUAUGGACCCACAGCUGAUCAAGUAUCCAAGGUAACUGAUGAAAAUGGUACAAAUGAGGAACCAUUAACUCAAUUGGGCAAUGGUCAGGUUGACGAGGCAUCCAAUGUUAUUGAAGAAAUUGACACAAAGGAGAAAGAGUUAACUACAUUUGUUAAUGGCGGUUCGGCUGAAAAAGGUAUUCAAGAUUAGUGAAAACAAUGACUCAAAGGAGGAAGAGUUAACUGAACCUUGUAACAGCAUAAACUAUUUGGAUGGCCACAUUUAUAUUUUCAUGUUUUGAUUAGUAGUAGUCGCAGAUGCUACGAGUGUAAACUGUGUUAGGAUGUCAAGAUGCAAAUGUGCUCCAUAGUAAAAUUGUUAUUCUAAAACGUGCAAACAACUAGAUUUGUUGAGUACUCCUCAGAUAAACGAAAUGAUAAUUCCCUCUG